AUGCCUCCCCUCGACAGACUGUCGGCCAUGAGGCCGCGCGCCUUCCGUAAAUCAGAGGGUCCCCAGACGCCUGAACCAAAUGCCCAGGUCGCUGAUCAGGACCAGGAGCGGCCUCCCUCCCCGCCUCGACACCGCUUUCGCCUCAGGAAGCGCAACGUCCCAGAGCGCAACAUGACACCUACCCGCCAGUUCCUCGCCUCCGUUGCCGCCGCCGACGCCGCUAUACCUAGCAUCGAGGAGCCCAUCGUCGUCGAUGAGGACAUGGACGACCACAUGUCCUCGUCAGCUGCCUUCGACAAUGCGAAUCCUUCUUCCGAUGCUAGCCUUUCUAUUCGCGCAUUCUCCCCCCCCAAGACGCCUGCCCCCGGUGGCAUUGAGGUCGCACCUACCCCGAGCCCCUUCCCUGACUGGUCACUAGACUCGUCGCUUAACGAGUCGGACCUCGAGUCGAGUAGGCCUUCUACUGCCCACUCGGCCCGCACCAGCGGCUCUUCUUGGAGCCAACUCUCCUUCACGACCGACGGGCUCAGCCAGCAUGAGGCCGAAUUCCAAGAGCCCCCUCAGUCCCACGAGACCAAGGAGCUGUCCAGCUCUCUUCUUGCCCCCCCCGACUCCGACGUGACGAUCCGCGCUCCAUCGCGUGCGCCCAUGUCGCGCAAGGCCCGCUGGGCCCAGCCCAUGAGCCGCCACCUCUGGUCUACGUACACGAGGUAUCUGGAGGAUCCCAGGGUCACUCCUAUCCGCAUCAGCGCCUGUGGUGUGCCCCCGUGCGGCGUCGUCGACCGUGUCGCCCGCCAAGCCCGCAAGACCUGGAGGGGUCCCAACCCCCAGCUGCGCCCCAAGGACCGCAGCGGCAGCUCUACUCCCACCGUUGAGCCGUCCUCCACCUACAUGCAGUGGCCGCAUACGACCGCCGCUACGCGCGCUCACCUCAUCGAGAUGUGCAAGGCCAACGCCGGUGGCAAGGGCCGUAACGAGCGCUACUUCCGCAGCCCCACACCCUUUGGCAAGACCAUCUCGCGCAGCAGGGCUCGCCGUAUGACGCCCGCCCGCUCCCCUUCGGUCUUCUCCGGAUCCGACAUGGCCAUGUCCCUGGCUGUCAGCACCUCGGAAUCGAUGCAGCCCGGCGGCCCGCUCGCUCAGCUGACUAGGUCUGGUACCCAGCUUGGGCCCCCGGGUCUCAGCGCAUCAACAUCAGCUCCCGCCCUGACUGAAGAGCAGGAGGACAAGCAGCCGGUUGUGAAUCGUCGCCGUCUCUCGUCGCCCCCUAGGAUGGCCACUCUACCGCAGCUGGCUGACGAGAGCCGACCCCGUCUUGGCUCCCCCUUUGUUGCCCACAGCUAUGGGCCCAGCUCGUCCAACUCGCUGACCAACGCCCUCGACAUGAUAAACUCGGAGUUGCCUCCGCGCCAAAGCCACACUGUGGGUAACCGUCGCAGCCUCAAGUCGCCGGCCAAGAUGGGCAGGAGCCGCUCCAACACGUGGAACAAGCGCCGCCCCAGGCAGCAGCACAACAUGGAGCUCCGCCGCACCAAGAGGCCCAGUCUGCCUUCGGACAUGUGGAGCGAGCCACCCGCGAGCCCCAUUGAGCCCCCGGCCUCGUCGGAUCUCCUCCGCUCGCCUACCGGAAUUGUGGGAGCACCGGUGGGCGACGACCUGCGCCGGCCGCGCGCGCGUCACCGUCCCCAGCUGUCCCUCGACUACCACCCUCCCCUCUCCCUGGACCCCACGCCUCCGUUCAGAUCGGCCACCGGUGCCAGUGAUAUGCCUGCCCGUCUAGGCUCGCCGUUUCGCGGUCUCCCCUCGAGCUUCUCGUUCCCUCUGAGGCGGGGCGUGGCUCCUCUACCGGACGACGCGACAGCUCUGUUCAACCCCCGUCCGUUUACCAGCGUGCGGGAGCCGUCUGGCGCCGACAGAGACAGCGAGGCGCGCAUGGCCUACCUGAACGAGCAGCUGAAGCUGAUUCACCAGCGGGGUGAAGAGAGACGACGAUUUGGAUCGCCUCUGUAA